AUGUCUCUAGCACGUGCCUUCACCACGCGGCGGGCGAAGCAUACCAUUGAUGUCAAGGAAGCCAAUAGUGGCAUUAUCCCGCAACGCAGCAACACCACAGCAAAAGGCCAUGGACGCGGACUAUCUAUUCGUAACAUGAUUUCCGGGCCCAUGGAGCUCACCCACACCACGAAUAUGCUUGCAUACAACGCGCCAGACUUACACCCGAAAUCAGCGUCUUCAACCACAUCAUUCAAGGUCUCCGAUGAUGAAUCUGACAGCGCGCACACCAACGCAUCGUCUCCGCCAACCAGUCCAGAUGUCGCAUCAGCAGAUGAACGCUCCAUCUCGCCGGAACCUAACCACCUGUCCUGUUAUUUCAUGGCUCCUGGUCAAAAGUUGCCAAACGGGGAGACUCCUAAGAUCCCGUCAAGGGCCCCGUCACACACCAAAAAGGCAUCGUACGAACACUUGGCACAGAAGCAACAAACCCAACAAGUGACUCACAUGUCGUAUUCGUCCGGCAAAUCGGUCUCGACCAAGGCUAGCUUCUCUAGCUUCCGUAUUUCUUCAGCAUCAACCGCGGCGUCUUCUGUCCACUCGGGUAUCUACACUCACAGCAGCAAACCCCCGUCUGUACCUGCACUUCCUUCGCAACCAACUGCCCCUUCUGUGUCCGCACGGCAAAUGUCUACUCGGAGGCACGAGGGACCAUCGACUCACCACCCAUUUGGCCAGGAACUGGCGCAAGUGUCCGAAAUUGCGGAAGAGUUUGGGGUGAAGGAGAAAGUGAAGGUGGCGGACGACGAAGAGCAGUGGCUCAUCUCCAAAGGUCUCAGCAUAUUCAAAGCAGACGACUACCUAUCGGAGGUCCAGGUCUUGUUCUCUACCUUCUUUAAGCAAGAGGCGAGAGCAGCCCACCAGGUGCUACAGCCUGUGUGGAUUUAA